AUGGCCACCACACCCAAGCUGUUCUCCCUUGAGGGCAAGGGUCUCAAGCUCGACACAGCCGAGGACCUUGAGGCUCACAUCGCCGACCUGCGUGCCAACGAUGUCGAGGAGGUCAAGGUGCUUGGCAACACGUUCGGUAUCGGUGCUUGCAAGCUUCUUGGUGAAGUUUUGGCCGAGAAGAAGAACCUCCAGUCCGCCGACCUGUCCGACAUGUUCACGGGACGCCUCCUGAGCGAGAUUCCUGAAGCCCUGUCGUCCCUCCUGACAUCGAUCACGAACCUCCCGAACCUCCGCACGAUCAACCUCAACGACAACGCCUUUGGCCUCAACACGCAGGCACCCCUCGUCGCCUUCCUCGCGGCUCACGUCCCUCUCCAGCACCUCUACCUCAACAACAACGGCCUCGGCCCGCACUGCGGUAUCCUCGUCGCCGAUGCCCUGUCCGAGCUGCACGCCAAGAAGGAGGCCGCGCGCAAGAAGGGCAAGGAGGUGGCCGACCUCGAGACGGUCAUCUGCGGCCGCAACCGGCUGGAGAACGGCAGCAUGCAGGCCUGGGCCAAGACCUACCGUCUGCACAACAAGAUCAAGGUCAUCAAGAUGGUGCAGAACGGCAUCCGCCAGGAGGGCGUCUCGCACCUUCUGAGCGAGGGCCUCGUCCACGCCCAGGGCCUGCGUGUCCUCGACCUCCAGGACAACACCUUUACCGUGCAGGGCGCCCGCGCCCUCGCCGGUGUCGCCCCCGGCUGGGCCGAGCUCGUCGAGCUCGGCGUCGGCGACUCGUACCUCACCUCCAAGGGCGGCGUGCUGCUGGCGGGUGCCCUCGCCAAGGGCAGCAACGCAAAGCUCGAGACGCUGCGCCUGCAGUACAAUGAGAUCAAUGCCAAGGCCCUCCAGGGGUUCGUGCCCGCUGCCAGGGACGCGCUGCCGGCGCUCAAGAGGAUCGAGCUCAACGGCAACAAGUUCGAGGAGGAGGACCCUGCGGUGAUUGCGCUGCGCGAGCUCCUCGAGGAGCGCAAGGAGAAGGUGGGCGGGGAUGUCGUUAUCGAGGACGACUGGGGUCUUGACAGCCUCAGCGACCUCGAGGAAGAGGACUCUGAUGAGGAGGACGAAGAGGACGACGAAGAAGAGGAGGAACUUUCGACGGAGAAGCGGGCCGAGAUUCUGAUCAAGGACGCCGAGGAGGCCCAGGAAGAGCCGGUCGUGCAGGUCAAGGACAAGGAGGUCGAGGCGCUGGCCAAGAAGCUCGAGAAGACGGGCAUCUAG